ACCAUAAAUCUUAUUUCUGUAUGAAUAUGGGACCCAGGUACUGAAGUACCUUUCUGUUUCAGGUUCCACAAAGCAUCUUUGGAAGUUUCUACUUGAAUUACUCGACAAUCCAGAGUUUAGCCCUCGCUACAUCAAGUGGAUUAAUCGUGAAAGCUAUGUCUUCAAACUGGUUGAUCCAAAAAUGGUAGCUUCUCUUUGGGGAAUUCACAAGAACAAGCCAGACAUGACUUAUGAAAGUAUGGGAAGAGGACUGAGGUACUACUACAAGCGAGGUAUCCUUGCGAAGGCAAAAUGCAAGGGGCACUCUCACACAUACAAGUUUGAACAGAUUCCUACCAACACCAAUGAAGAUCAAACGGUGGAUGGUUACGAUCCAUUCUCUUCAAAUGAUGUGACAAUAGAUGUACAUCACAUCAAGGAUGAAUCCCUUCAAGGAUUUUAAUUUGUGUUUUUAAGACUAAGUUUGACUUGGCAUGUAGGUAGGGCAUUUAGAUUAGAUAGUUCAUUUUGAUAUAGCGAGGCCCAGGUCUGAAUUUUGUUUUUACUCAGUGUCAUUGUAACGGGUCAAUAAUUCAAGCUUACUUUUGAAACAUCUAUGAGUUGUCUAGUUUUUACCUUGAUUUUUACUCAAUCUAAUUUUUAGGGCUUUAACAGUAAUGUAGCUAGUUGCUAUGGUAAAUAUGUUAAGUAUGUUCUGGUAAUGCUUUGAAGACAUUCUUAGGGAAAAAAAACCAAGUGUGCAAAAGUUUCUUUUUAUUUUAAUGAAGGUUACGGUUACCACAAUGUACAGGACAUCAAAUAUUUUAUAUACUAAGAUUUUAAAGAAAAAUGCUGUUGCAGUUGACUAUAUUAAAAAUAUUUAAGUUUCUAAAACAUAUUAUUUUCUAUAAAGUUGGAAAAUAAAUACAUGAGUGCUGUA